AUGUCCGACGACGGCGAUUUGUAUUUGCAGCCAAUCGAAAUUCCGGAAUUGCCGUGCGGCUCGAAGCUCGCAAUUCGUUUGCUGUCGAAUUGGGGCGAUCCGACGCUCAUCGGACUCAACUCGAUCGAGAUAUUCACCGACGACGGCACGAUGGCCAACGUCGGCCGAAUCUAUUCGAACGCCACCGACGUCGACGGCAACAUCGAGUCGCUGCUCAGCGAGGUGCCGAUUUGCAAGGAUACGCAGAAAAUGUGGAACGCCAAUAUGAUAACGCAUAAUCGCGAAAAUGGCAACACGCCGAUCACAAUAACGAUUGAGAUGGCGAAAUGUCGAAUCGCGAUGAUACGCUUCUGGAAUUACAACGCGUCGCGUGUUCGCGCCCAAAUCGGCGUCCGUCACGUCGAGCUUCUCCUCGACGACGUCGUGUGCAUUUUUCGCGGCGAAAUCGAUUGCGCGUUUUCGGCCGACUCGGAGUUCGAGCCGCAAAUGGGCGACACCGUGUUGUUCACCACCGACGAGCGUAUUCUCGAGGCGAUCGCCGAACACGACGUGUGCCUUCUGCCGUCGGAGGUGUUGCCGAAUGCCGCCGCCGCCGCCGCCGUCGUCGGAUUGGACGUCGGCGAUCAGUUGACGCCGUAUCGACCGACGACGUCGGAGACCAAAGAGAUUCUGACGCCUGACGCGGCGACGACGACGAUGACGACGACGAUGGCCGAGAGACCGUCGAGCGCUUCUUCGGGCGGCAAGGAUGUCAAAUUGCUUCACAUCGAGCUGUUGUCGAAUUGGGGAAUGCGCGGACUGAUCGGCCUCACCGGCAUCGAGAUCAUCGACGAGAACAAUCAGAUCGUCGACGACACCCAAUUCACAGCGACCGUCACCGACGGCGACGCAAGCGGAAUUCGAAAGCUGUUCAACGGCAAAAAUUUGACGCGAAACGCCGACGAGAUGUGGCUGAGCGGUUUCGGUGAGAAGAACGCGCCGCCGACGAUCGUGUUGAGCUUCGCGAGUCCGAUCACCGUCAAAGCCAUCUCGUUCUGGAACUACAACGCUUCGUUCGAGAUGUCGUACGCGGGCGCGAAACUCGCCAACGUCUACACCAACGGCAAAUUGGCGUUGGGUGGCGUCGUGUUGCGCAAAGCCACCGGCUUCGUCUAUUUCGAUUUCGUGCAGGACGUCGUUCUCGUCGGCGGCGGUGGCAACCCGAUCGCGUCGAGACCACACUCGAAGACCAUCGGCGGAUUUGUGUUCCAACUCCGCCUAUUGUCGACGUGGGGCGACGAGUACUACAUCGGUUUGAACGGCGUCGAGUUGUACGACGAUCGCGGACGAUUGAUCGAUGUCAAAUUGCAUAAUCUCGCCGCGUUUCCCGAAAGCGUCAACAUAUUGCCGUCGAUCAAAAACGAUCUUCGCGUGUCGGACAAUUUGAUCAAUGGCAUCAACGAUACGGACGAAGCGCGCCACAUGUGGCUGACGGCAUUGCUGCCGAAUCGUUGCGCGCGCGUCUUCUUCGUGUUCGACGCGCCGACGUACGUCGCCAAAAUCGUCGUCUACAACUAUCGGAAGACGCCGGAGCGCGGUGUUCGCCACGUGUCGGUCACCAUCGACGAUCUCAUCGUGUUCUCCGGCGAGAUACCGGCGAGCACGAUGGACGUCACCGCCAAAUUGGAGAUCAAUCUUCGCGACAUUUGA